CUUUGACAGUAUAUGGCACUAGAGUCCCAUGGAGCCACCGCUGAAACUGAAAGAAACACACGUGCGUGCGUGCGUGUGUGUACGUGCAUGCGCGCGCGCGCGACUGUGAAAACAUUCCUCCGCAGCUCCAGGGUGAUGAAGAGGUUAAGCCAGCCCCUCUACGCUGCGCUCUCUCGGUUGCAGCCCACCACCAGCAGCCCAGCUGCCUCCUUCCUCUGCAGCUCCAGUCCCACUCUAAACUGAGACUGAGCGCUGAUCAGAAAUGGACUCAUCCAAAGUUUGACUUUGAAGUCUCUCGCAACCUCCUCCUCCUCCUUCUCCUCCUCCUACUCUUGCCUCUAUCGCCGGCCUUCCGAGCGCAAAAGCUCCAGUGGCAGCCGCGCACGCAUGGAAAUCUAAUUUAGCUCCAAUUUUCGGUCAGUCGGUCAGGUCUGUGGAGGCUAUUGUUGCGUCGCUGCUCCCUGGGUGUUGUGGUCCACUCAUGCGUCGGGAAUGCCAUGGCCGCUCCGAGCGCACAGCAGCAGGAUUAUUUCAGAUCGGUGAGCAGCGAGUCCACCACUUACAUGAUGGUCCCGGCCGGCGGGCCGAACGGGACUGGGCGCCGGGAAGCCCCGUCCAAGAUGUGGGUGGCGAUGGUGGUGAUUGUGGUGGUGGUACUGCAGAUCGCCUCCACCACGGGGCUCUUUGUCUACCUGAACAUGUCCAUAUCACAGGUGCGUAGCCAGGGAGUGACGGAGGAGUUAAAGUGCCUGAGUUUACUCAAUGCUCUGGACAAGGACCAGGACAUCCCAGAUCAGCUGGCGCAGCUCUUUGGAGAGCCCUGCAUCAAACUGGCUGAAGGCAUCAAAGCGUACAUCUCCAAGGUGACAGAGAACAUCAUCUCCAAACAAACCUUCAUUGAGGCGAGAACCAUGCCUCACACUUUCAACAACUCCGGGUCGAAGUUCAUGACCUCUGUGACCCAGAGGCCAUCGGCCCACUUGACCCUCAGAGACACCACCUCUCAAGGGUUCCCUCAAUUGCAAGUCCCCACCGCAGGUCUCCACCAGUCCUGUCGCCAUGUGGUCCGCUCAUGGGCCAAUCAGAGCUUUGGAGCUCACCUGCACAACAUGACCCUGUCCAAUGGAAAACUGCGAGUGCCUCAGGAUGGGCGGUACUACCUGUACUCACAGGUAUAUUUUCGUUAUCCAUCCCCAGCAACCAGUGAUGGGGACCAGCGUAGCGUCAGUCACCAACUCGUGCAGUGUGUCUACAAGAAAACCUCCUACCCAAGCCCCAUCCAGCUCCUGAAGGGGGUGGGAACCAAGUGCUGGGCUCCGGACGCCGAGUACGCCCUGCACUCUGUCUAUCAGGGAGGACUCUUCGAACUGAGGGCUGGGGACGAGCUCUUUGUCUCCGUCUCAUCCCCCACCAUGGUAAAUGCCGACGAUUCCUCCAGCUACUUUGGUGCCUUCCGUCUGGACCUCUGAGAGAAAGGGAUGGGAGAAGAAAAAACAAAUGACACGGUGGACGGAUAAACAGAAGGUCUAGAAACAAUGAGCUAGGAGCCUUUUGAAUCUCCGUUGAUUGGAAACAAAGGUCUUUUAGACAUAAGUGUUGGAUGUUGGCCUGGAACUUGGAUCCUCAAUGUUUACUUGGACGGAUACAUUGAAGGAGGAACACUGAAAGAGGAUGCGGUGAAAGGGAAAAGAAAGAGCGGAUUUGUCUUUCCUACUCUCCAUUAAGAGAAACCUAACCUUCGAGAAACAAGAUUAAACAGAGAUACAUGUGCAAUCAUGGAAAAUAAAUGUGAGGAUAUUGACUUACAGUUGAUUCUCAAGGAGGGAAUUUGCCAUUUGGAUGUCAAAAAGAGAAGUAAGCCACGGAAAAACAUCGAAGACCUUCCUGUUAAAACAGAACCGCCCAGAAAAUUAGGCCAGAUCCCAAACUAACAAAUAAAUCUCAAUGCAUCAACAACCUUUUUUGUGGGAAGCAAUUGAACCCUUGGAUUUGGAUUCCAGACCGAAGAAUGUACACAGUAAAAACCCAAUCCUGCACAUCAAAGAUGUAAGGAAUGACUUUUGAAUGGUAGCAGAAGAAAAUCAAAUGCAAACCAAAGCAAGAAUUUGUGGGGUAUAACUUUUUUUGAGAGUGCCAUGAGAGUACUGUACAUAUGUAUGGCUGAGAAUGAGAUUCAGACAAUGAACUGUGGUGAUUUUAAAAGUAAUUCAUAUGUAUUUUACCUUGACUGGACUUUAAACCACUUGGGCUAUCUGUGGACUAUCUACUCGCACCACCAGAAGUGUGGACUUUAUAAAGACUUGUAGUGGAGGAUAAAGAUUGCCUCUUUUUACUGGAUAAUGUGAAAAGAGGCAUGUGCUUUUUGAACAAGAGUCUGCAAAGAAAAGAGAAAUGAAAACAAGGGAGGAGGCCGAGGGGGGAUUCUUGUAAAUGCCCAUAAGAAUGCGCAGACGAAGAUAAAAGGAAAGAGAGAGAAAGGCUGAGGGUGGUAUGCUUGGUGAUCUCUCUUCUCUCUCUUUCACUUUACUUCCAUUCUUCCUUGUCCUUUUCAUGCAAACAAUUUUAUCUAUCUUGUCUUUCUCGUUUAACCUGUGAAGCUGCAUUUUGUUUUAUUUUAAGGAUCAGGGGAGUCAACCACAAGACAACAAGCAUGUGAAAACAAGAUAACGGUUGCAUAUGAAAACAGGCUAGUUGCGCAACUAUUGAGAGUGAGCGUCGUUGAAAACUAUUUUUGGAGGCAUUUAAAUUUGGUUAGGUUCAUACAACUGUCUGUUGGACUUUUACAAUUAAAUGUUUUUUAAAAAAAGCAAACAUUUUUUUUUUAACUUAAAGUGAACAAAUUAAUUUGCUUUGGAUAUACAAAAAAACCAAACCACUUGACAGCGGAAGGUGAACAAAAAUAGCAACAUAACUUCUUUUCCUCCUUCAGCUUAACACGGAAAUUGUUCAACAUUGCGGGAAAUGACUUCCAUGCCCAGAACUCGAUGAGCAGUUCAUCAAGUUAAAGCCAUGUGACAGACACCUUAGAUACCUUAUGAACUGUUAUGCAAGUGGUAUCAGUGGUCCCAUCCAGCCGUUGUUAAGACAACUUUGUUCUUACAUUUGUACAUAAAGAUGGACAAGCCCUCUGUGACAUCACCCACAGGAUUCUUGUAGAGCAGUUUUGAAGCUCAAUGCUUGGGACUGGCAGUCGCCAUUUUUUAUGGGACACUUAAGUGCCAGAUAAUUCAAAAAAAGAAUUUGCCUACAAUCUAAAACGUGGCUGAUGGGUAACACCUAGACACAAAUCUAUGCUAUGCAUAACAAAUUCAUACCUGUGUUCAGUUGUCAAAAAUUAGGAUAUUUGCUACAGAGGCCGAAACCAUUUUUUGGCUGCACCUGGCUGUAAUCUUUGUUGAUCUACAGAGACUGAGUGUGCCCUAGCUGAACGAGGAGAAGAUUACGGAAGUUGUUUUUCCUUUUCUGUCCAACCUUAAGCCAAUUUCUAGGUGCCAGUUAGAAAAUACGGUGCAUAAGUAGUCGUUGAAAAAGAUUAAUGUUAGCUUUCAGCAAGAAAACGAAACUAAUUUGAUGAACUAGUGCUGAAACCGCUGCCUGUCACCAAAGCACACUGAUCCAUACAAAAAAACACAUGCUAACAUUUUGAGCAGUACGAGCACUAUAUCACCCAUAUGCUGCAAAUAUGGACCAGAGAACCCUCAUACAAAAAUGUGAACACAGAGAAGGUGAAUUUAAGGGAAACGCAGCCCAGAUUAAGUAACCCAGAUGGACAUAAAGAUUUGAAAGGAACAGGAGAGUAUAUUUGCAGACAUAAACCAUGCACCGCCUAGCACAGACUCAACCCCUACACACUUUUUCCUCUGGCAUGUACAUGUUCGCUCAUAAAGGAGAUACACACAUCACCAAACACUACAGUAUAUCCAGGCUGGCCUGUGCUCCGCAGACACACACAUCAUACAGUGUCACAUCCAGCGUAAAAAGACGCAAACAGACUCUGACACACACUCAUUAAUCCACGUUGUCUAGCCUCCCUGUGCCAUCUGGUAGUUGUCAGUGAUCUGGCAUGUGGUGUGUGUGUGCGCGCGUGUGCACUUAACAGUAUUUGCUCUAAGGGCUUAGUGCACAUGGACAAUUCAGAAAACGGAGUCAAACAAGCUGGCACACACCUCUUUCGUUUUUUGUUUGUUUGCCUGCGCCACCUUCCGUUUGUUUUUACACUGAAAGGAAAGGAUAUACACACUAACACACUCUUUUAACAAGAUAACAUCCAAGCUAGGCCCCUUCUUCGCAUAUUUCUAAAGGUUGGAGUGCACCUAGUCAUGUUUCCACUCUUAUGUGUCAAGCUUGCACUCCCUCUGUGAACUUGACAUUCAAUCAAUUUAUUAUCCAGGAUAAACUCCAACAAUCGAGGUGAUAAUGCUGUAUUAACAUCUGUAUUAUGGCAGCAAGAAUCCCUGGAUCAGCUGGGAAAACUCCUGCUUUUAGUUUGUGUGAUCUGUGUUUGUAUGGGACAGAUUUGUUGCUUUGAAUAUAUGCGGCGCAGCUUUUCUGAGAAAAUAAAUAUCUGAACUUUCCCUGUGUAUGUGAAGAUUUGCAGGAUAGAUAGCAAAAAGUACAUUCAAGUCCAGGCUUGCUAGUAAGUAUCCACUCAUCCAGCCUUUCCACUGUCUGGAACAUUGUCUUCUGCAGAUGUGGCUAGGCCAUAUUCUAAAUGCCAUUGGACGAGAAGUUGGUUACACCUUGGACAAGUUGCUAGUUUGACACAGGGAUAUUAGUAAGCGUAAAAUGUCAUUAGUAUUAAUCAAAACUGGUCUAAAAUUUCUACAAACAUCUAGUUUCUCUUACAUCAACUCUUGGUUGGACAGUUUGAACAAUUCACACUUUCAUGUCUUCGCUGACACCAGCAGACGCCUGAAUCCUUAGGAGAUAAUAUGUUAAGAAGGAUGUCUUGAUAACAACCCCUAUCAGUCACAUUUUAUCAUUGUGCCCUGGGUUGCUCUUCCCAAUGCCACUUCCCAAUCCACCAAUCAUUGUUCUCUGGGAAGCUUUCAGUACGCUGAAGUCUUUAAGAGCCCUCUGUAGCUUCUGUAGCAGCUGACUCCUGACUUUUAACCUUCCCUUGGAGCAGUUGGCAAAAGACAGAGGAGGACACCUGCAGAAACUGCUAAGUUCCCAAUGAUUGGUAGUACUUGUGUUGUUGUAUUUUUGUAUUUGCAGUGAGUACAGAAACUCCUGCUGGCUGUUUAAUUUAGUUUAGGGAUUUUAUAUGUUUUCCAUUUGCACACCCUGCAGAGCGAGCUUGCUCUUCUCUCAGCACUGUCAAAACGCUACACUUUCUGCUAGGCAGUAAAUAAACAGGCCACGCGUACGCAAGCUUCUUUAGUGCCAUGCUUUGUUCAUUGUCAAAGACAGAAAAACCAUAAGUCUGCCUGCACAGCGUGGGCCUAUGUCAGAACAGAUCAUCUCAGAAUACAAGACAUCUACUUCAGAUGUUUCAUAUUGAGAAAUUAAGACAGAUCUUUUGGUCGUCAUGAUUAAUGGGCACCAGUGUAGAGGCCAUUUAUAGUGCAGCCAAGAAAUCUGUUUUGGAUCCGUCGUCCAGUAUAUUAAAUAAAACAAGACGGCACCAUCUAGAUUUGAAGGUAUUUGAUGGUAUUCUAGUCCAUCAUAAUGUGUUUCAAGAUUGCAUACCUGCCACUUGCCAGUUCCUCAGUUAAACUAGUGAACACAUGAUAGUCUAACAACGCUGAAUUAAAUGUAGGUCACAUGUAGGUUAUGGUAUUCAGCAUUUGUUUAAAAUAAUCAAGAAAGCUGUUGAGUCAACUGUGUUUUUAUUGUGGAGGUUGUGGUUUGUAGUAUUAUUGGCAUUGUAUUGUCUUGACAUUUUAGUCAGUGCGCUAGGCUAAAUAACAAAAACACUUCUUUAAUUCAAUCCAAUUUAACGGCACCACAAACUACAUCCUCCUACAUGAUCAUGCAGUUGAUUUACCACCUUUCUGACACUGUUUCAACAUAAACUGAACAAGAGAACAGUCAUCAAACUAGGAUUUAGUGGAUUUAGUUUUCACUAGCGUACCUAAUGUUUUGACAAGUGAGUGCUUCACACAUAGAAACGUUUAAUUAGUCAAUUAAAGCGGCACUCUGGAGUUCAGGAAUUUAAAGACUAGAUGGAACAUGUUUAAUGAGAGAUGGUCUUCAGCUGCAUUAUGGGAAAUGUCGUAACUUUGGAGCUGUUUUUACCUCUCCUGUCUUUGUUGGCCUUUGGAUUGGACUGAUGACCACCACCAGAUGGAUCCUACCCUUUGGCGUGGCAAUAUUAGAAUGCAUUCAUUUCACAAUGACUGGCAAGUGAGUUUAUAUUUCCAAUGCAUUCUGCUGAACUGCACCCUCAGAUACAAAAAAGGAAAGAAAAGAAAUGCAAACCACAGUUGCCACUCAGUCAGGUCAGCUUUAAAUCCAUGACCUUCCAUACUGACCACGGACCCACACUGUGGAAAAAGAGUGCAACAACAUGAUUGAAUUUCAGCCGUUUUACUCGAUGCUGCUGUCAAAACAAAACAACUGAUCAGCCUGUGAGUGUGUCAUUUAAUUUCUGUGAGUUAGGGAGUGUUUGGGAAUUGAUACUGGCAUUUGAGACUAACGCUGUGUUUGUGUUGGUCGGCUGUGAAUCCAACAUACAAUCCAAUCAAUCCUGAAAGAUAAAUACAGCUCAGCUUGGCAGUUCAACUGUUUUUCGGAACAAUGCCUGCGCUCCACAUGUGUGCGUAAAAUACUCCCCCCUUUACCCCCACUUCCCCACCCCCCGUGUGAUGACAUCUGGUGUAUUCAGAGACGUCAAGGCCACGAGUCCGGCUCAUUGUCCAUCACUCGCUCUCCAUUAGACCCGCAGAAAGACAACAAGCAGUCACAGCUCAGCGCUGCAAAAUCCAGACCACAUGGAAAUCAGUGCAGAUGCCAGUUUCCAGCAGGGCUCUGUCUUGAGCUGCCCCGUCCAAGAUUCAUGCUGUGUUUAUGUCUUCAAAACGGCGCGGUUUUACCGAGGAUACAUUUAUAUUUUCGAGGGAAGAACAUAGCAACACUUUGUCUUGCAAGUGUUUCUCAGUGUCGGUCGUAAAGAUGUAACCGCAUCUGAUAGAUUUGGCUGACAUGGUUUUCUGUUGUACUUUGAAAAAUAAAUGUACCUCACAGAGAGUUUUCUCAGUAGAUCUACACGCAAAUCGACUUCAGAGACAACUUUUGGAGGAAUUUCAAUCAAACAUUUUGAUUUUCUAGCCUGCUUUUUUUCGUAAAUGUUAACAUAAUCAGCACAUUUGAACGAAACCAUUGGUCAUUAGUUAAGUGCAGAUUCCAGAUUCCUCAGGAGUGUACUGUGUUUGUUCUGAGCAAUGAAAAACAAAACAAUGCUUGUAGCAUUUAGUUAAAUGAUUUAAUUCAAUCCAGACCUCGAGAAAUUCAUAUUUUAGAUAAACAACACCGUGUUUACUCUGCUAAACUUGCGUGGACCUUAACCUUGUCCAUAAAUGGAAGCCCAAAACAUUGAAACGCCCCAUGAAGAGGCAAGCGGAGGCUUAUUGUCCCUCACUUUCGAGGGCCAUAAUUGUGCAGACAAACAGAACUCCCACGCAGGAUGCCAUGAGUAGAAACACAUGUCAAUUUGAAACCACACGGUCUUCUGCUGUUUGUCUCUUUACGUCUCAUAUCACUAAUGUUUUGUAUCAUUGAAGAUCAGAGCUGCUCUGCUCUUGUAAUUAAUAAUUGCUGCCACUCUGGGGAUUUGAACAUGCAACCUGUUCCUCUGCUUAUCAUUAUGAAAAAAAAAAACACAAAAAAAAACAACUUUAAUUUAUUUUCUCUCCAUAACUUAACAUGCGACACAGCCUGUAUAUUGUUAACACUUUUCCACUUUGUUCUAUGAAUGUUGAUGAACGCAUACCCCUUUCCUUUUCUUAAAACUGCAUUUGAUACCACCUGAAGAAUGUACGUGUAAAGUUCUGCUGAUUGCCUUGUGCCUUUUAAAACAAUGCUCCUUUUGUCUUAUUUUGUGCUCUAAUAAAGUGCCUACUGUCA